AUGGCGGAAGCUGCGGCCACCUCAGUUCCUAAAUCCACGGCUUCAGCCCCCGCAUCGACCACCGCAACAUCGGCCACGCCGCAAGCUGCUGACCUGCAGCCCUCCACCACGCAUCCGACUGCUGUGGCCACCACCGCCACUGCAACUGCUUCUGCCACGCCUGCUACCACGGCUUCUGCCACGCCUGCUACCACGGCUUCUGCCACGCCUGCUACCACGGCUUCUGCCACGCCUGCUACCACGGCUUCUGCCACGCCUGCUACCACGGCCAGUCCCGCAACAACCACGGCCAGUCCCGCACAGACCGCAAUGCCGACAACAACUGCUGCCACGAGUAACGCACGCCCCGUGCUCGGGCCUUAUCAGGCUGCGCGACCCUUGAGUGGUCUCAUGCAGUCUUAUCCCAUGGCCCAACGGGGUGUCAUCGGGGGUCGACCCAUGUACACGGCUGGCAUGCCCUAUAACGGCCCCUAUGGAUACCCGCCACAAUCUUACGUCUCAGCACACUACGGGGUCAUCCGUCCACCCAAUGCGCCGCUGACGACAGCUGGCCGAGGCUACACCUACACCUCUCCAAUGACUCGUAUCCCAGUGUCAGCCACCUUUGCUUCUGCCACGGUUACCCCAACAGGUACUUCUACCAGCACCAGCACGGCGGCCACGGCGGCUCCGACCAACACGUCUACCACAGGGACUGCUGCUGCUGAUGCAGCUGAUGCAACCGCCAAGGCACCCAAGGCAACCAAGGCACCCAAGACCAAGGCCGCGAAAACGCCCAAGGAGCCCAAGCCUCCGAAAGCGCCCAAAGCGCCAAAGGCGCCCAAAGCCCCCAAAGUGUCAAAGGAGCCCAAGACGCCCAAAGCCCCAAAGACACCCAAGGCACCCAAGACUAAAAAAGAACCCAAAGUCAAGACGCCCAAGGAGCCCAAGACGCCCAAAGUACCGCGAGCUAAAAAAGAGCCCAAGUCCAAGAAGGAGUCCAAUAGUAACAAACGCGGCGCCUCAAGUCCAGCGCCAAUGUCUGAAGAAGCCAAUCCUGCUGCUGGCGAUCGUGCACUGACAGGCACCAAUGCAGAGACGAUUGGAACUCUGAGCGCCACUGCCUCCCCCCUUCCUGAAAGCCUGGCCAAAGAUGCCGCAGCAACGACCUCUUCCCCCGCCGCAGCUGCAGACUCUAGCAGCACCGCAAAGCGCAAGGCGGAAAAAAAGAGUGGUGGUACCAAAAAAGGUGCAAAGGCGUCCAAGACCGAUGCUGUAGACAAAGCAAAAGGGGGUGCUGAUCAGCCCCCACGGUCCCGCAAGGGUUCUGGAAGCAAGAAAGGCACACCUGCCAAGAACACGCCCAGCAAGGCCGCGCCUCACACCCCCAGCAGCAGCCGAGCCUCCGCCAAGAAUCAGCAAGGCCCGGCCAAGCCACUCAAGCCCACGGUGCUCACUUGGACUGCCCUCGACGACUUUAAACUCAUUGCAAACGUCGAGCAGACCUCGGACUUGGUUAUGGUCCACCAAGGCAUCAAGUUUAGCAAGCCGUUUUCUUUAAAACACGUCGUUCGGCGCUGGCAUGCCAUUCUGUAUGUGGAAGAUGUGACACGGAUCGUUUGCGCUGGUUUGUCGGGCCUUGAUGCCAAAGCGCGUCAACAGGUGUACAGUAACCUGCUUUUCUCUCAGGCCGAAGAAUUGGCCCUGCAGUCCUUCGCCCUGUCCCUGCCAGAGGGAGCCAGUCUUCCAGAUGAAGCGGCAUUUGCUGACCUCCUUCAUCAACAGCGCGAAGCCUUCCACCUUUGCCGCACCCCAACUAGCUUAAGAACCCAUUACAUUCGCCUGGCCGAGCUUGGCAUGCUGGCACGUCAUCCAGAGCGCUUUAAACAGGGUCGUCAUCAGCUCUUGACCUUGCUCCAGGACCCCGGUACACAGCUUGCCAAAGCAUCGGCCAGUCUGCGUCAUGAGCUUGAGAUGCUGGAUCUCAAGCUAAACCGCAAGAUUCGUCGCUUGGAAAUGCAGUUGGCAACCUGGAGUGCGCUGCCAGGCGUGGAUGCAACAAUGACCGAGGGCAUCGAACAGUUUGACAGCACCACGUUGGCCGUUGUGCGCGGCCAACACCUGCACUACCGGAUUCGCUCGCGCCAGGCUGUCAUCGGACGCCAGAGCGCCGAGGGUCCCGUUGACAUUGACGUUGAGCUAGAGGGUCCAGCACCGCGAGUUUCGAGGUGGCAAGCCACGCUCAAGCUCAAACAUGACGGACACUUUUACCUUUACAACCAGGGUAAACGCAUCAUCUCAGCCAAUGGCAUGAUCAUAUCUCCCGGAUACAAGCGACACGCUUUGUGCGGGUCGGUUCUCACCGUAGGUUGCCAGAUUACUGUGUGCUUGACAUUUGUGGAGUCCAACUCAUAUUUGAGGCUCAUCAAGCCCUACUCCGUACUCUUGCGCAAGCAUCAUGACUAA